AGGAGCCGUCCACGGCGUUUCGCACUCUCCAUUGGCUGAGAGUGGCGGCGGGGGCAGGCCCAGGCCUGCGAUUGGCUGUUGGAGCAAGGUUGUCCCGAGGCCCCGGCGGCCGGCGGGCGCUAAACGCCAUGGAAGAAGCCCCGUCUGUGCUGACCCGGGGGGCUUUGCAGAGGAGGGGCCCCAAGACCCCGGAGAAGCAGGCGCAGGACCAGUCGGGACGGAGGCCGGGGCGGCGAAGGCCGGGGCGGAGGAUCAAAGAGGACCAAGAAGAGGAAACGAUUUUUAGAGAUGUGGUCAGUUUCAGCCCGGACCCUUUACCAGCUAGAUAUUAUGACAAAGACACCACCAGACCUACCAGCUUUUACUUCUCAUCCCUGGAGGACCUCCUGGCCUGGACCCCUGCCAUGGAGGAUGGAUUCAACGUCGCCCUGGAGCCUCUAGAGCGUCGUCAGCCCCCACUGAGCAGCCCCAGGCCCCGGACCCUGCUGUGCCACGACAUGAUGGGCGGGUACCUGGAGGACAGGUGAGGGUUCAUUCAGGGUUCGAAGGUCCAGAACCCCUACUCAUUCUACCACUGGCAGUACAUUGACAUCUUUGUGUACUUCAGCCAUCACACGGUCAAUCCCCCUGUGUGCUGGACCAAUGCUGCCCACCGGCACGGGGUCUGCGUGCUGGGGACCUUUAUCACAGAGUGGAAGGAGGGUGGCAAGCUCUGCGAAUCCUUCCUGGCUGGGGAUGAGCGCUCCUACCAGGCAGUGGCCGAUCGGCUGGUCCAGAUCGCUCAGUUUUUUCGUUUCGAUGGUUGGCUCAUCAAUAUCGAGAACUCCCUGAGUCCGGCUGCUGUGGGGAACACACCCCUGUUUCUCCAGUAUCUGACCACGCAGCUCCAUCAGCUGGUUCCCGGAGGUCUGGUGCUGUGGUAUGACAGCGUGGUACAGAGCGGGCAGCUCAAGUGGCAGGAUGAACUCAAUGAACAGAACAGGGUCUUCUUUGACUCCUGCGAUGGCUUCUUCACCAACUAUAACUGGCGGGAGGACCACCUCCAGAGGAUGGUGGCUCAGGCCGGGGAACGCCUUGUUGAUGUGUAUGUGGGCGUUGAUGUGUUUGCUCGGAGCAAUGUGGUCGGAGGCCGUUUCGAUACUGACAAGUCACUGGAGCUGAUCCGUAAGCACGGCUUCUCGGCGGCGCUGUUUGCUCCUGGCUGGGUGUAUGAGUGUCUGGAGAAGAGUGAAUUCCUUCAGAACCAGGACAAGUUCUGGAGACUGCUGGAGCGCUUCCUGCCCACACACAGUAUCUGCUCCCUGCCCUUUGUCACCUCUUUCUGUCUGGGGCUGGGGCCUCGAAGAGUCUGCUAUGGCAAGGAGCAGGCAGUGGGGCCCUGGUACCACCCUAGUGCCCAGGAGACCCAGCCCCUCUUUGGCGAACAUAAACUGGCUGGAGACAGUGGGGGCUGGGUGAAGACACACUGCUGCCUGGCUGACGCCUGGCAUGGGGGCAGCUCUCUGCUGCUCCGGGGCCUGAUCCCGCCUGAGGUUGACAACGUAGCCGUGAGGUUGUUCUCCCUGCAGGUUCCACUGCCACCCAAGCUCUUCCUGUCAAUGGUGUACAAGUUUGAAGGCUCGACAGAUGUUCAGGUGGCUUUGGAGCUUACAACAGGGGAUGCCAGCAGCUGCCACGUGGGUGGCAUAUCGGUGCUGAAUGCAGAUUCUGGCUCAAGGCACAGCCCCCGGCCCCUCCGGGUGCCCCCCACCAAACUGGCCAGGUGGGGCGGCCGUUGUGGCCAACAGCUCAGUGGAGGCUGGAUUCAAUGCUGCUAUGAGGUGAGCCUGCAUGGGUGCCUGCUUCAGGACCUCUUGGUGAGCUUUUCACGGCCACCUGGCAGCCGGGAGGAGAAGGGCUUCAUUUGCCGCCUUGGAGAGAUCCAGGUGGUUGAUGCCAACAGCCUGCUGGCCCCUCUGCCCCGGGUGCAGAAGGUCACCAUCUCGCAGCUCCGCUGGCUUCCGCUGAUCUCUGGAUCCGAGGGCCGCCCUGCCCAGCUCCUUCUCAGCUGUACUCUUCAGUGGUCCUUCCACCUGCUCCAAGCCAGGUGCUUCCGGAUUCACUGCCGGGAACAGACAGGAAGCAGCUCCACAACGGACGGGACUGAGAAGCCCAUGUUCCUGGGCCUGGCUUUUGCCAACCAGUACCGUGUGGUGGACUUGGUAGUGGGGGCCGCUAGAUUUGGGCAGGAUGGUCGUGUGGAGUUCCUGGUAGAGCCUGUCCCCAAGGAGGGCUUCCAGGUGCCUCAGGCCGAGUGGGGCAGGGCGGCCCUGGUCUACUCGGCCCCUCAGUGAGCCCACCCCAAAGCACGGUACCCUUCUUGCCUCAAGACUCGAGGUUUCCUCGUGGCCAACCACCCAGGGCUGAGUGGACCACGGAGUAUAGCUGGGUUCCCAGGCCUCACAGGUGAGUUACCUAGCACCCACAUCCUUCUGUGGAAUGCCCUCCAUGGGAUACAGGACUCAAGGGAGAAGAAGAGCAUUUGAAGUUUCUUUCAGAAGGUUCAGUAAAGGCUAUCACGCACAGUCUGAAAAGAUGCUUCUGUUGAGAAUGGCGGCCAUUUAUCCCUGCAGCUUUGACAAUCAGAGACAAACCUCACUGGUGACAGUAAGGACCCUGAGAGGCCAGGAUUUGUGAUGCUCCCAGAAGACCGAUGUAACACCCCUCAGGGUUGGCGUGGGAGUCGGGUGCUCACACAGUAGCUGGGAUGGUGCCCCCUAGGACUAGGAGCUCCGUCUGGUGGGCAUUGGCACCCACCCCCCUACAAGGUGGGCCAGUCAUACAUCAGACUACCUGUGUGGAUGGUGGCUUUGGCAGCUGACUGUCCCCGUGAACCCCAACUCCCUUGCCUGUGCACAGGCUGUCUGCCAUGGUGAAGGUGCAGAGGCAUCAGGUGCCACUAGGCUUCUUCCCCCGUGUCUCCUAGAGAUGGGUGAGCUUUGCUUCCCUCCAGGUGUGGCUACAUCCUUAGCUGUACAGAGCCCUGUUGACACUGGGCUGCAUGGAAACCACCCACUGUGUAUCUGGGUCUUGUGCUUCAUGCUAAGGCCACGAUCUCUCUCAUUCCUUCUGUGUUCAUAAAUGGGACCCUCUUUGACACAGCUCUGGGGUCUGACCUGUGGAUGCCAGGGCAGCCUGUCGCCAUCCCCCAGAGGUUGGAUGGGUGGUGCUUCCUCAGAGUCCUGAGUGCCAGGCAAGGAGGGCAAGGGUGGCUCCUGCCUGUAUGGGUUGAUGCUUCCGCCCAUCCUCCCUGAUUUUGUGGGCACUCUGUCUCUCGUGAGUGGCACCUAUAAGGACCUAGAACCAUUCUGCCCUGUUUCUCCUGUGAGUCUACUGGCUCUCACAGGGACAGGGGCAGGACAGGGCCUCUGGUCAAGUCCAGGCUACUCCUGUACCCUGGCAUGUGGCCACCAGCCUUGCAAGUGGGAGAGGAGCACCUUGCUUUCUCUGGUCUGUUGCGGGAACCUGCUCCCAGGACCCUGGCUUCCCCAGUCCCGGCCAGGGUACUAUGCCUGGAGCGGAGAGUCCACAGGCGGCAGGCAGGGCAGGUGGUGGGUUCUGGGGCAGUGCAGCAUUCCCGAAUGCCCUGCUUCCCUCAUGGUACCGAGGACACUUUUUAAAAGUGCUGGUUCCUUCAAAUAUUUUAUGCAGAGAAGGAGGGAAAAUUUAUAGUGGCAAUUAUUUUCUUACAGUCUGGUGAGCAAGCAAUUAGAAGUAAGGGGGCUUAGCAGAGCGUGGCGUAAGGCAAAGCCUCACAACCCCACUUCCCAGGAGCACGGUCCCCAGUCCCAGCAACACUGACUCCUGCGCAGGAAAAUUAAUCUGCCGGCAUUUAAGCCCGGGCCCCUCUGGUGGAUAUAAUCGCUUGGAAAUAAAUUAUCCAAUGUGAAAAAUGA